CUGGGUUGACCGCUUUGCAAGUUAAUCACCCAGGGACGAACAUGAGUGGUGCCGAAGGUGGAAGGUUUGACGACCGAAUCAGACAGUACUCAGCUGACGUGGUGUACAGCGGCUCUGAACUAGAGUCCGACUCCGGGGAUGAUGAUGAGACCAUGGGUUCAGCCGGGGACAAAAGAGGGGUGAAACGGGAGAGAGCUGAGAUGGAAGUCGCUGCAUCGGCGACGUCUGUGGGGCUACCCCCGGGAGGUUAUGGCGGUGCAACAGGGGCAAAGCCAGGCAAGAAAACCCGCGGACGAGUCAAGAUCAAAAUGGAAUUUAUAGACAACAAACUUCGGCGGUACACAACUUUUAGCAAGAGGAAGACUGGCAUUAUGAAGAAGGCCUACGAGCUCUCCACUCUAACGGGAACCCAGGUCCUCCUCCUGGUGGCCAGCGAGACAGGCCACGUCUACACAUUUGCCACACGCAAGCUCCAGCCCAUGAUUACCAGCGAGACGGGCAAGGCGCUCAUCCAGACGUGCCUCAACUCACCUGACUCGCCGCCCCGCAAUGACCCGUCCACCGACCAGCGCAUGAGCGCCACAGGAUUCGAGGAGACGGACCUCACCUACCAGGUGUCGGAGGGGGACGGCUGCACAGAGCCCACCAAGGACAUGAUGAAGCCGACGUUCACCAUGGCCAAUCUGCCUGCCGGUGUCAACACCCAACCUACGUCGACGUCUUCUUCCUCCACCACCACCUCCGUGGCCAUGCACUUGCAGAACAGCAUCCCUGCCACCUGCUGGCAGGUCUCGGCGGGCAUCAAUACUCACAGUGCCACCAGCUGUGCCAACGGCACGGUGCUGAAGACCUCGGCCACGUCAACGAGCGUCAUGCUACCUGGAGGGUUCACCCUGAUGUCCGGCGCACCGCUUCCCCUUGGCACGCACACCAUUCCACUCAGUCAGCUGCAGGCCCUCCAGGGCCCCUUGGCCCAGACCAGCAUCACCACCGCAGGGCACACCCAGCAGGGCCAGCAGACCACCCUGCUCCGCCUACCUGCAACUGUCUCGUUUACAGGCGGAGGGAUGGGCCAGCAGCUGCAGGCCAUUCAGGUUCACCCCAGCAGCCAGCAGAGCUCUGUGAGCCACAGUGACCUCUCCCACAUCACAAGCAACUCCACAGUGAGCCUCCCCACCACCAUCGUCACGUCCUCAGUGCCCUCAUCGAUGGGUGGUCACAUGAUGUACCCCGGCGCCCACACUGUUAUGUACGCCACACCUACAACCUCGUUGGGCGACGGCAGUCUGACCGUGCUCAACACCUUCCCACAGACAGCCCAUACACAGUCCCAUGACCCCGGCGCUGUAUCGCAGGUGUUCCUCACAGGACAUCCUGGGACAGUUCAGAUCCCUGUGUCCGCAGUGCAGCUCCACCCGAUGAUGAUUGGUCAGCAGUCAAGCAGCAGCAACCUCACAGAGCUUCAAGUGGUCAACCUGGAUGCCCAGCAUCACUCAAAGGAUGAUUGACCCACCCACAUAUCAAUAGACUGCUUUACCCAGACACACAUUUAAAUGCACACACACCAGGGGAUCACUGACGCCUUGCCAACAGACUGCCACCCCUAUUUAUUACUGCCUUUUCACAGCAAUUAUGUUUUUCUUCUUCUUUAAAAAAGAAUAAACCUUGUAAGAAUAUGCACACACACACACUUACAAAGGAUUGAGGUGUGGUACUGCCAUUUUACUUUGUAUACAUUUUUGUAUAUUUGUCUUAUUUUCUUUCUCUGCAAGAGUAGCUUGGCUUGACCUAUCCACACAUUGCUGGGGCUACAGCUUCACAUUUCAAUCAGACACUUGUAGUGUGUGCACAUACCGGUUAUACGUAUGUGAACUGAAGAGGUUUUAAAAUUUUGUUCUUCUUACGAAUGUAUUCUCUUUUAAGCCCCCUGGGUAUCCAAAUGUUGAUUACUUAUUUUUCUAAUGUUGGCAUAUGAGUGAUGGCUCUACACUACCAGUUGCUGUCAUUAGGGUAAUCAUGUUUUUAUUUCAUUUCUGGGGGGCAAAUGUACCAUUGAUGCCAGUAUCUAUUUGCUGAUAAUGAUAUAUAUAUAUCUCAUUAUCUCAUUAACAAAGAAUUCCCCUCAAAAUCAAGCAAAUGUCAAAUUGACAUAUUUGUACCUUAUGACUCUGCCAUGUAGCUUGACUGCUAUGCUUCUAUGCUGUGCUAGAGUGGGCUGAUACACUGACUUGCCCUUGUACUCGGGCAGGGUACAACCACUGGUUUAGGUCGUGCCCUAUCAUUCUGUAGGUUAAGGAAUUACUUUAGAACAUCGCAAGGUUAAUCUGGAAGACUGGCGCAGGCAUUUUGUCUCUUCUGUGUGAAUCUACAGCACUUACUGUGUUGCUGCAUAGAUGGUACUGUAUUUCCCAUCAACUACUGAACUAUUACCCCAAUUGUAAAGGGGUGUUUUCAGGAUGCUGGUUAUGAUUUCAAUAUUGAAGGACAUUGUCUUAGUACCUAAUACCCAAGUUUUUUUUUUUUUUUUUUUUAAACACAUACAAGUAUGUCAGUCGAGACCUAUUACAGGAUUUUGAAGAUUUAACUAUCUGGGUUGUGUUCGACCGCUGCACCACUUGGGAGCCCAGAUGAAGACAUCAUCUCAGUGGAGAUGUCACUACAGCCCCUGGUUCGAAUCCAGGUUGUAUCACAACCGGCCGUGAUUGGGAGUCCCAUAGGGCGGUGCACAAUUGCACAGCGUUGUCGGGUUCUGGCCGGAGUAGGCCCGCCAUUGUAAAUAACAAUUUGUUCUUAACUGACUUGCCUGGUUAAAUAUAAAAAAAUAUAUAUUAAAUUAGGCACUAAAUGGAGGAAAACUACCAUAUCAAAGGCUGUUUAGCCCAUAUUUUAGAAAUCCGCUCUGCAAUGUUGGGUGUUAGUAUAACUGCACAAGUGUGGUUUUUAAAGAGAAAAUCAUCAAGCCAGUAUUUAUCGGUGUGUUUCUCUUGAGCUCAUCCGUUGCCAUCAUAAGGGAAAAACAACAUCAAAAUGUUUAAUGGGUAGUAAUGUUAAUUUACUUUUGUGGGAAUCCUUCAAGGGCAAGCACCACUUUCUAUCACUUAACUUGCCUGAAAAAAGACACACACACACACACACAUACAGCUUCAUGCCCACAUUCUCUACCACGUGAAGAUCUUCUGAGAUGGGUGACAAUGGUUAACUGUCAAAAACUAUGUCAAAUAUCUAUUCUUCAAUUUAAAUGUAUGAAUAAAAAAUGUUUGUAGACAGUCACCAAUAUUUCCCCACUUCCUGUAUGAAACAAACUGAAAAAGAAUGGCUGUAAUUGGGCUCCCAAGUGGCACAGCGGUCUAAGGAACGGCAUCUCGGUGCUAGAGGUGUCACUACAAACCCUGGUUAGAUUCCAGGCUGUAUCAAAACCGGCCGUGAUUGGGAGUCCCAUAGGGCAGUGCACAAUUGGACCAGAGUCGUUAGGGUUUGGCCGGGGAAGGCCGUCAUUGUAAAUAAGAAUUUGUUCUUAACUGACUUGCCUAGUUAAGUAAUGUUUGCCUUGUCGAGGUCGUUUCAGUGCGUUCUGUGUGGUGCUUAGGGUUGGAUUUAUUAAUCCAAUGUAUGCGUCAAACGAUGCGUAAUGGUCGCAGAAGGUGAAUGUUGAACUUUUGUUGCACACAUAUGCAGAUGAUGCUGCGUUCCAUUUUGCUCAAUAAUACUGUUGGUGUGAUCGAAGCGUUAUUGUAAUUCUGGUGUACCAAAACGCAAAAACACUAGGUGUGAUCGAGGCAUAAAGCAGAAAAGUGAAAUCCUACAGCCUGUUUCCAAGCCACUAGACAAGUUCUGGAUCUGGUACAGGGUCAGAAGGUACAAAGUACGACUGAGUAAGAUCCAUGGACCUCAGUACAGAUCUAUAACUAAACUCAGCAAAAAAAAAUGUCCCUGUCUUUCAAAGAUAAUUUGUAAAAAUCCAAAUAACUAAACAGAUCUUCAUUGUAAAAGGUUUAAACACUGUUUCCCAUGCUUGUUCAAUGAACCAUAAACAAUUAAUGAACGUGUACCUGUGGAAUGGUCAUUAAGACACUAGCAGCUUACAGAUGGUAGGCAAGUAAGGACACAGUAAUGCAAACUUAGGACACUAAAGAGGCCUGACUGAACGGACAAUCCCUCCAUCCGCAAUAGGCUGAGAGAGGCUGGACUGAGGGCUUGUAGGCCUGUUGUAAGGCAGGUCCUCACCAGACAUCACCGACCAGCAACGUUGCCUAUGGGCACAAACCAACCGUCGCUGGACCAGACAAGACUGGCAAAAAGUGCUCUUCACUGACGAGUUGUGGUUUUGUCUCGCCAGGGGUGAUGGUCAGAUUUGCGUUUAUCGUCGAAGGAAUGAGCAUUACACCGAGGCCUGUACUCUGGAUCGAUUUGGAGGUGGAGGGUCCGUCAUGGUCUGGGGCGGUGUGUCAGCAUCAUCGGACUAAGCUUGUAAUUGCGGGCAAUCUCAAUGUUGUGCAUUACAGGGAAGACAUCCUCCUCCCUCAUGUGGUACCCUUCCUGCAGGCUCAUCCUGACAUGACCAUCCUGCAUGACAAUGCCACCAGCCAUACUGCUCGUUCUGUGUGUGAUUUCCUGCAAGACAGGAAUAUCAGUGUUCUGCCACGGCCAGCAAAGAGCCCGGAUCUCAAUCCCAUUGAGCACGUCAGGGACCUGUUGGAUCGGAGGGUGAGGGCUUGGGCCUUUCCCCCCAGAAAUGUCCGGGAACUUGCAGGUGCCUUGGUGGAAGAGUGGGGUAACAUCUCACAGCAAGAACUGGCAAAUCAGGUGCAGUCCAUUAGGAGGAGAUGCACUGCAGUACUUAAUGCAGCUGAUGGCCACACCAGAUACUGACGGUUACUUUUGAUUUCUGUUAGUCACAUGUCUGUGGAACUUGUUUGGUUUAUGUCUCAGUUGUUGAAUCUUAUGUUCAUACAAAUAUUUUAUGUUUAUACAAAUAUUAUACACAUGUUAAGUUUGCUGAAAAUAAACGCAAUUGACUGUGAGAGGA